GGAGGAAGGGAUACGGGUGGAAGGAGGGAAGAGGAAGGAGUUAAAAUUAGGGUGGAGGAGGCAGGGUAAGGGGCAGAAAAGGAAAGUGAGAGGGGACAGGGGAGAAGAGGGCGCAAAAGGGUGAGAAAGGAGAGUCGAGUCAGACUGGGGAAGAGUUAAGAAGGGGAGGGCGAGGCCAGGGCAGAGGUAGAGGGCGGAGUAGGGCGGAAGAGGGCCACUAGGGCUAGGCUGAGGCAGGGCAGCCUACGAUGCCCGCGCCGCGCGCCCCGGAGCAGCCCCGGAGGGGUGGCGAGCGGCGGCCACUGCUGGCGCGCGGCGCGCGGGGCCCCCGAGCGUGGCGGCGGACGGCGGGUGCAGCGGUGCUGGUGGUGGAGAUGCUGGAGCGCGCCGCCUUCUUCGGCGUCGCCGCCAACCUCGUGCUCUACCUCAACAGCUUGAAUUUCAACUGGGCCGGCGAGCCGUCGCGCGCCGCGCUCGUCUUCCUGGGCGCCUCCUACCUGCUGGCGCCCGUGGGCGGCUGGCUGGCAGACGUGUACCUGGGCCGCUACCGCGCCAUCGCGAUCAGCCUAGUACUCUACCUGGCCGCCUCCGGCCUGCUGCUCGCCACCUCCUUCCCCGAUGGCCGCCGCUCUUUCUGCGGCGAGAUGCCUGAGUCGCCUCUGGAGCCACCCUGCCCGUCUUCCGACUGCCAGCACACCUGGGCCAGCCCCUACUGCGCGCCCACCCUCUAUGUAGGCCUGCUACUCCUCGCGCUGGCCGCCAGCUCGGUGAGGAGCAACCUCACCUCUUUUGGGGCCGAUCAGGUGAUGGAUCUUGGCCGCGAUGCCACGCGCCGCUUCUUCAACUGGUUCUAUUGGAGCAUCAACCUGGGUGCUGUGCUGUCACUGCUGGUGGUGGCCUUCAUCCAGCAGAACGUCAACUUCCUGCUGGGCUACAGUAUCAUCGUGGGCUGUGUGGGCCUGGCAUUCUUCAUCUUCCUCUUUGCCACCCCUGUCUUCAUCACCAAGCCACCCAUGGGCAGCCAAGUGUCCUCAAUGCUUAAGCUUGCUUUCCAAAACUGCUGCCCUCGGCUGUGGCAACGACAUUCUGCCAGAGACCCUCAAGGUGCCCACCUACUGCCUGACCAGAGGUCUCCCCAGCCUGGUCCUUCCCCUCAGGAGGACGUUGCCAACUUCCAGGUGCUGGUGAAGAUCUUGCCCGUCAUGGUGACCCUAGUGCCCUAUUGGAUGGUGUAUUUCCAGAUGCAGUCCACCUAUGUCCUGCAAGGUCUCCACCUCCACAUCCCAAACAUCUUCCCGGCCAACCCUACCAACAGGUCCUCAGCUUUGAGAGCCCAGGGCAGCAACUACAGGAUCCCAGAAGCCUGGCUCCUCCUCGCCAAUGUAGUGGUUGUGUUGAUUCUGGUCCCUGUGAAGGACCACUUGAUCGACCCUUUGCUGCUGCGGUGCAAGCUGCUGCCCUCGGCUCUUCAGAAGAUGGCCCUGGGGAUGUUCUUUGGUUUUACCUCAGUCAUUGUGGCAGGAUUCCUGGAGAGGGAGCGCUUACAGUACAUCUCUGCCAACAAGACAGUGUCCCAGCUUAUCGGGAAGGAUGUGUACUAUGCGGCCCCACUGUCCAUCUGGUGGCAGAUCCCUCAGUACCUGCUCAUCGGGAUUAGUGAGAUUUUUGCCAGCAUCCCAGGUCUGGAGUUCGCCUACUCGGAGGCACCACGCUCCAUGCAGGGCGCCAUUAUGGGCAUCUUCUUCUGCCUGUCAGGGGUGGGCUCACUGUUGGGUUCCAGCCUGGUGGCCCUACUGUCCUUGCCAGGUGGCUGGAUGUACUGCCCUAAGGACUUCGGGAACAUCAACAAUUGCCAGAUGGACAACUACUUCUUCUUGCUGGCUGGCAUCCAGGCCACUACAGCCUUCCUAUUCAUCUGGAUUGCUCACCGCUAUGAGAGGACACGGCAAGAUGCAGCCUCCCAAAACUGUUCCAGCAGAGACAGGGGCUGACCUUGCUCCCAUCCCACCCCAGGCGUCUCUCCACCAGACAGACAGCAAAGCAGGCCCAGCUGUGGCAGUUUCCUUCUCAGUUUAUUCUGUACUAACAUUAAAGUGAAGUGGUU